AUGGGCUCCAGACCGAGGAUGCUCGGCCCCGGUGCCCCUCUGGCCCUACGAGUUCGCGCUGUAGGCCUGCGCCCUGAGGUGCCCAUCGUGUGGCUGUGGGGGCUGCUGGCUGAGCGUGAUGCUGACUACACCCGUCUUCGCCGUGAGAUCCAGGCGGCAGUGGGGCCACGCCUGGCAGCCACUCCGAAUCCUGCUGGGCUGGUGGCUGGUGGGGCUGAGCUGUGCACUGGAGACCUGGGCCUGGUGGAGGUGCUCGGAGUCUGGCACCGGUGCUACGUGGUGAGUCGCCGUGGUCAGGGUUACCGCGUGUUCCUGCUUGAUGAGGGCUGCACGAUCAUCACAUCCGCCUAUUACCUGGCACGGGGCUGCAAGGAGCUUUUCCACCUGCCCCCAGAGGUGCUGGGCUGCGUUGUGGCUGAUCUUGUGCCUUCUGGAGGCCUCAGGGUGGUGGCCUGUGGGGAUGCACCAUUUUCCACCUGGACAGUGGAAGCUAUGGAGUUCCUCAGCUACCUGCAUGGAAAGGAGGUGUCUGGCCGGGUGCGAGAGGUGAUGACACCGCAGCUCAUAGUGCUUGAGCUGCCCCAGCUUGUGGCCCAGAUGCAUCACCUGGGCCUGGCCAGGCAGGUUGCUCCCAGUUGGUUCUGUCAGGUGCUCAGGCGCUUCUUAACUCACAGCAAAUUAAGAAAUCAGCUCAAGCUGCAGCUUCCAGCACGUUCCCUUUUAACUUCUGAAGUGCCACAGCCUCCUCCUGUUUUGCUCUUACAUCAGCCUGUGUUGCCUGCCUUAGAUUACUUCUACCCACAGCUUCAGUUGGGUGUUAAAGAGCCUGUCUUAGUCACCCAUGUCUCUGACCCACAUCACAUCUACUGCCAGUUGCAGAGCCUGUCUCAAGAGAUCCGUUGCCUUUCUGAUACCAUACGCUAUGCUCAUGACUGCUGGGAGAAGGAUUUAUUGCCCAGAGUGGGCUCACCCUGUGCUGCCUGUGGUGUAGAUGGCCAGUGGUACCGUGCACUCCUGCUGGAGGUUAUUGCUGGGGAGCAGGACCACCAGAUGGCUGUGGUGAUCUUUGUGGACUAUGGCAGGAAGGAGACUGUAACUAGAGCUAACCUGCGCCGUUUGCCUGUUGAGUGUUUUCGCAUGCCUGUGGUGACUUACCCGUGUGCUCUUCAGGGUGUCUCAGAUGGAGGUUGUGGCUGGUCCCCCUCGCAGAUUGAUGAACUGAAAACGUUGGUGCUAGGCAAAGGAGUGAAUGCUCUCAUCAAAGCCUUCAAUUCCUUUGAGCAUAGCUAUUAUGUGGUGCUGUAUGGGGAAAAUGGCAUCAACUUGAAUCAUCUUUUUGGGGUGCAGGCUUGCUGCCUGGUGAGCAGCCAUGCACAGGCCAGCCAAGCUGAGGUGCCGGAGCAGCUGGAAGAGCUGCAGUUGCCACCAGGAGUACCUCCUGUUGCUUUAAUGAACAGAGACUUGGCCUCUGCUCCUGCAGCUGGUGCACGUCUGAUUUUGGGUGUGUUCCAUGAUGUGCGGGUCUCCCAUCUCCGAGACCCGUCCGAGUUCUGGCUGCAGCUCCAUGAGCAUUGCCAGCUCUUCAGGCAGCUGAGGCAGCGCAUGUGGAAUUUUUACUCCCAUGCCACAAAGCUGGAUAGUGCUGAGUGGGACCCACAGCCUGGAUCCCUUUGUUGCACCGGUGAGAAGGAGGGUGUCUUCUAUCGAGCAGUGAUCACCAGGGUGCUGGACAGUGGGGUAGAAAUACACCUGGUGGACAGAGGCAAUAUGGAAACUGUAGAUCGGCGUGCAGUGAAGGAGCUGCUCCCUCAGUUCAGGGAACUGCCUGCUUUAGCUCUGAAGUGUUGUUUGGCAGGUGUCUCCCCUCUGAGAGGGAGCUGGAGUGAAGCGUCUGUGUCUGCAUUCAGAGAGAUUGUACUGGGCAAGGGACUAAAUGCUCAUUUUUUGAGUGCGCAGGGUGACAAAUACAUGGUUGAAAUUUUUGACCAGUCCCAAUUAGGAGAGAAAAAUGUAAGUAAACUCUUGGCCCAAGGAGGGUAUGCUGAAUAUCAGAGGUGUGAAAUACCCGAGACUCUCCAGAAACCGUCUGGUAAAGCUGUGAGCCAGACUUGUUCCCUGGCACGUGCUGGGAAGGAAAACCAAACAAAUGCAGAGAAGAGUCUCGGAGAAGAAUCUGAUCUGAAGAGAACUAAUAAAGCACUUGAUCCAUGUGCAGCUGUGAUAGCCAGACAGCGCCCUGUUGCAGCCAUUCACCAUACUAAAAGUAGUGAAUCUCUUCCUGCUCAGAAGUAUGAGGGCAAGGAAAACCUGCCCGUCUGUUGGAGACAGAGUGAUGUAGAAACGAAGCCGUGUUUCUCUUAUGGAGGCCAGUUAGAAGUGGGAACUACAGUUAAUGUAGUUGUGUCAUGUAUUGAAAAUCCUGGUUGUUUUUGGUGCCAGUUAAGUAGAAAUUGCCAUGACCUUAAGGUAUUAAUGGCGGAAAUUCAGGAGUACUGUAAAAAUUCAUCCCCGCCACCUGCUUGGCCAAAUGCUGUAUGUUUAGCCCAGUACUCAGAGGAUGAAAAAUGGUACAGGGCUUUAAUUGUUAGUGAAGCUCCUUCUGCGGGAAAAGUGGAGGUCUUGUUUGUUGACUAUGGCAACAGAGAGCUGGUGUCACUAACAAACCUCCGCUCAACUAAUGAAUGCUUUCUUAGGUUAGAGACUCAGGCUUUCAAGUGCAGCCUGUACAACUUCAUCCAACCAAAUGGUCAGGAUCCUUUUGCUUGGGAUGAAGAAGCGAUUCAGGCUUUUCAGGAGUUUGUGGAUACUUCGGCAUCUCACUUUACACUGAAGUGUACGAUAUUUGCCUUGGCUUCAAUAAACCAUAAGGAGGUAUUUAACAUUGUUGAUUUAAUGACGCCUUUUCAGAGUGCUUGCCAGUUUCUGACCAAGAGGGGUGUGGCCAGACCUUUAUCUCCCCAAAAGCCUUUGGUAUCCUCCAUUCAGCUUCAUUCUUACUAUUAUUCUAUGCAUGGCAUCAAAAUUGGGAGCGAGGAAGAGGUUUAUAUUACACAUGUUGAUGAUCCGUGGACAUUUUACUGCCAACUUGAAAGGAGGGCAGAUGUCUUAGCGCAGCUUACCGAUAACAUCAGUCGCUGGAGUGCAACAAUGACCAGCUCAGAAACCUUGCCAAAGUCAGGGAGCUUGUGCCUAGCAAAGUAUACCGAUAAUAACUGGUACAGGGGAAUGAUUAGGAAAACAGAACCUAAGACGGAAAUCUUCUUUGUGGAUUUUGGGAACACAGAGACCAUAGAGAAACAUCAUCUGCUUCCUUUACCCAAUGAUGCUUGUGAUAUAUUGCUUUUGCCAAUGCAGGCCAUAAAGUGUUCCUUAUCUGAUAUAACUGAUGUUCCCAAAGAAGCUGCAACGUGGUUUAAGCAAGUUGUCCUAGAAAGGCAAUUAAAAGCGGUAGUAGUAGCAAAGGAAUCCGAUGGUAAGCUGUUGAUUGAAUUGUUUGAUGGUAAUACUCAAAUUAAUGCAAAACUGAAGGAGUUAAGCUUAGUAAACAAUACAGGACUGUGUAGGCGUGUAGAAAAUGAAACUUUGUGCUCUAGAAAUACAGAUGUGGAUGAGAGGAAUGGGACUGUACAGUCCCCUUCAAAUGCAGGUAGGCUUCUUGAAAUUAAAAACGGCAGCUCUGAAGCCUGUGGAGGAGAGGGGAGUAGCAAAAGGCACUUCAAAGAGGAAGAUGUAAACCUUUCCCAGCCUGCUACAAAGGGAGAUCUGGCAGCUGGAUUUCUAGAAUCUGGUGAAAUGCUUAGCAGUAAGAAGGAUGCUUUUUUGUUAAAUCAAGUGGGCGAUGAGUCUCUGCACUCUCUCUGGAUGGAUACGCAGUUAGAUAUAAAAUCUGAUGCUGAAGGCGAGUGUGUACCACUUGAAAAUGUAUCUGGUGUACUGCAACAGAAAAUAGUGCCGGGUCUUAAAGUGUCAGUGUAUGUGUCUCAUGUAAAUGAUCCAUUGGACUUUUAUGUUCAGCUGGAAAGUGAUGAGGCUCAGCUUAACAGCAUUUCGGAGAGCUUAAAUAAUAAGACACAAGCAAAGAGCCCUUGUGGACAAUUCUUCCAAGCAGGAGACUUAAUCAGUGCUGUUUAUUCAGAAGACAACCUAUGGUAUCGAGCUGUAGUAAAAGAGAAGACUUCUGACAAUUUGAUAAGUAUACAAUAUAUUGAUUAUGGUAAUACUUCAGUAGUUAAUGUUGAUCAUGCACACAGACUCCCUGGACACUUGUUGUCUAUUCCAGCGCUAAGCAUUCACUGCUUCCUAGGUGGACUUGCAUGCAGAAAAAAUACAGACUGGGCAGAGAAAGCGGUGCUUCACUUCACCCAGAGAACAAGUGAAGUUCUGCUCACGUGUGAAUUUGUAGAGAAGGCUGAGGAUAAAUGGGAAGUUAUUCUCAGAGACCAUCAAGGUGUAAUAACAGUGGAUUUAGCUGAUGAGAAUCUUGCAAGUAGAGAAAGAUCUUGUUCAACACAAAUACUUGAUAGAGAAGAGAAUGGUGAUGUGGUAACUGUGUGCAAGCCAUUGCCUCCUCAGGCACAAGCUGAAAUUUCCAGUGUAAGCGAUUGUAAAUCAUUUAUCUGGAAGUUUCCAGAGGCAGGUCAGACUGUAAAAAUUUAUGUGAGUGUGGUGGAUGGUCCAGAAUACUUCUGGAGUUGCGGUGCUGAUACAGAAGACGUGAACUACAUAAAGAAAAAAAUAAAGGAAGCUGAAAACCUUGGACUGAAGUCUUUGAACGACUGCAGAUCUUGUAUUAAAAUUGGUGAUAUUUGUCUAGCAAAAUACAGUAAAGAUGGAAAUUUCUACAGAGCUAGAGUUAGCAGCAUCGAAGGUGACAGCAUAGUUGUUAGACACGUGGAUUAUGGAAGUGAGGAAGCUGUCAGCUUGGAGAUGGUCAGCCAGAUUCCAUGUGAGUUGCUCAGAGUACCCAAUCAAGCGUUUGCUUGCUGUCUGUCAGGUUUCAAAUCCUCAGAGGGCUCAUGGCUUAGUGAAGCAAAGUCUAAGUUUUAUGAUGUGACUGAAAACCUCUUACUAGAAGCUGAAGUAAUAGAAACUCGAGAAGAUAAAGCUUCUGAAGUCCCUCUGUGUGUUGUCAAGCUGGAAGCUUCUGGCAAGAGCAUAAAUGAGGAGAUGAAGCCUUUUUGGAAGGCUAAUAAACAAACCAGUGACAAUGCUUCCUCAAAACUUGAGAACCCCUUAGAGGAAGACAGAUGUUCAAACAAUGAUACGGGUCAUUGUCUCAAAAAAGAAACGACUGCUGCCUGUGGAUUAGCCCAAGAAGAAAGUGCAAGUGCCUUAUUUUGUUCUGACCCUUUCCUGGGUGUCACUUUUGAGCCUUCAAAUACUGUAGAAGCAAAUGCUGGAGCUGUGGAGUAUGUGUCUGGGAAAGCUCAUCAUGGAUGUGAAACAGCUGAGCAUCAACGCAGCUUUGAUACAGAGAUACCUCUGUCUGAGAGAGAGUGCUAUAAUGACGUAUUACUAGAACCAACAAGACACUGCAGUCUUUGUAUUUUUGAGAGUGAAAUGAAAGCUGCAAAUCAAGAAUUACCUGAAGGACUGUUUCAAGAGGAUGCUGAGCUGAAAGCAGAUCUAACAGGCAAUGCUUCAGCAGCCAGCCCUUUCCUAGGAAGCAAACAAGAACUGCAAGAACUGCCAAUGCUGCAGGUACAGUCACCUUUGAGUGAUGAAAAGGGGACGUCAGUAGAGCUGGAUCAAUUACAAACGCAGUCCUCAUAUGUAGAUCUAAAAGAGAUCAUGCUGGAGCUAGAAGCACUUUCGGUGCAGUCAUUCUUUCAUGAGGAAAUAAAGGAAGUUCUGGAAACAGAGACACAUGAAAUGCAGACAGCUUCGGGCAUUGGAGCAAGAGAGAAAGUGUUGGAACAGAAAUCAUUUGAGCUGCCAGUUGUGAGUGAGGAGGUGGGGGAGUUGGCAGCUCUGGAAUUCCUUGAAAUGUUAUCAUCACUUAAUGAGAGAGAGCACUUAGCGCCUUCAGUUGGCGAUGCAGAGAAGACAGUAGAGCUGGUUCUGUCUGAUGUUCAGCUUUCUCUGGGAGAGAAGGCAGAGAAACUGGAAUUGAAUUUGUCUGGAGUUCCUAAAGCAGAAGCUAUGCAAGACAACUGGAUGGAAGUAGAGCCUCCUCCCCAAAGGCUGUCUUCAUCUGGUGGUAGACCUGAGAAACAACUGGACUUGAAGACCCACGACAUGCUAUCGCUGCUAGGUGCUGAAAUCGAGCAGCUUCUGGAGCUGGUGCUGCCCAGCAUGCAGCCAUCGCAGGAGGACGAGGACUUUUUGGAGUUGGAACACGCUACACUGCAAAGUUCUGCAAAUGGUGGAAGUCAGUUUUCAUUUCUUACAAAAGACUUAACUAAUCAGAGGCCUGUGUGCACUGCAAAAUCAUGUGACUGGAAAGUGGAGAAAUGUAAGGAGUGGCAGAAGAAGAAAGAUGAGUGGAUGCAACAAGACUUGACUGACUCCUUUAAAGAACAUGGAAAUAUGUAUGGGCAGUCUUCAGACUGUAAGCCUGGGGAUGAAGAACUGGAAGAAAAGCAAAAUGAGAACUUGACUGACUGCAGUGCAGAACACAGUGAGUACACGUGUAAUCUGAAGGGCUUUGCUGUUGGUUCCAAGUGUGUGGUGUGGUCCUCUCUGAAAUGGUGUGAGGCUCGCAUUUUGGAGGUAACCGAGAAAGGUACCAGGGUCUUGAAUCUCACCAGUGGCAGUGAGGAGACUGUGGAUCCUGAGAAUGUCUGGAAAAAAAACUUGCAAAUCGUCUGA